UGUGAGUAAAAAAAAGGAAAAACAAGAGUGCAUAUCUUUAGGUUAGUCUUAUCACUUUCUCAAGUUAAGGUGGUGAAAUGAAUUAUCCGGCCCUUGAGAGUUGAGAUCAAUUAAGGCCAACUAAUUGUUCUUCAGUCUAUAAUUCCAUUACUAAUAGUCUAAUUAAUUCUAACAAAAAUCCAUCACUAUUUUUUUUCUUAAAUAUAUAUAUUCCCAACUAUUAUUAAGAGCAAGCGUAUUGAAAGUUUAUAACUGGAGUUCACACAGUUUUCAAAAAAAAAAUAUUAAAAUAAAUAAAAGAAGUGAACCUGUCUCCUGCGAGGUCACUGCACUGAACCCGGAUCAUCACUGUAGCGCGGGUCCCACGGUAUGUGGCGGCCCGUGAUUAUUCCGAUUAAUUAAUUUUUUUUUUUAAACAAAAAUCAAACAGAAAAAAAAAAAUACUUUGUGAACCUCUUCCAUGUAGUUCACUGAUGCAGAUGCCCUAAGAGUCGGUAUAUUUUCAUAUUUUCUAUUUAUAAAAUCCGAAGAGUAGUAUUUUAGAAGAAAAAAAAUACACUGAAAUGAAGAAGUUUACUUUCGGCUACUUAUCUUUAUUUUUUUGUUGAACGAAUAUAUUUAUUUAUUGCAUAUUUUCCCCUGAUCAAACCUCUUCGCUCUACCUAAAAAUAUAGCUUAGAGGGUAUCGAACCAUCGACCUCCUCGGGAUCGCUGGGAAUGUCUGUCUAGUCAACAGAAGCCAUCGCCGUCAAAUCAGACACAUUAAUUUGGUCAGCAUGUAUUUCAGGCCAGGGUCAAACCUCCGAUUCGUGUGUAUAAUUGGAUAUGGUAGGUGUUAUAUUAUUAUUUGGUUGCUUAGCUAAAUCUAUUCCCACUCACAUCACAUGCAAAUAUAUAUUGCAAAUCAAAUAUAUAUAUAUAUAUAUAUUUAUUUAUUUAUUAAGAUUAUGGUACUUUCUUCUCAUACAUAAAAGUUAAACUGCUUCGCUGCUUAUCAGUUGUACGUAAAUCACACCGAAAAUAUUGAAUAAGUUAAGUUUACAGACAAGGUAAGAUCUAGCUCAUAAUUUGUUAGAGAGUACAAACACAUGAUUCAAUUCUAGACCUACUAGUCUUUUUAUAUUUUAAAAUACACUACAAUAAUUAAAAUAAAGAACUAAAAUAUAUUUUUCUGAUGUUGUAAAUGGCUGCGUCCAAUCUUUCAGAGUCUCUCGUCGCAGUAAUCUUUCAUAGUAACAAUUUUUUUUACAUAUUUUAUUACUAUUAAAACGUGGACUGUACGUUACCAUUCGGACUCACGAUCAACCGAGAGACAUUGGAUUGGACGCUUUGGUUUUCUACAAGAUGUGAUAGCCUCUUUGGCACUAGAGUAUUGAAACAUACAACUUUGUAUAAAUAUAAUAGUAUACAUUAGAAAGAACAAGUAAAGGAGGAAAAAAUCAACGGAGAAAAAAAAACGAUCGUUGAAGUUAGUCAUAGUGGAAAGAAAAGAUCAAGAUAGAGUCCACAAAGCAGCUAGUGUUUGUAGUUUAUAUAUAGUAACUCUUAUUUGAAUCAUUCUACAUGACUAUCUAUAAAAUAUAGACUUACACGUGCACUGAAUAUUUUCAUCUGUUAACUUUAUUACAUCUGAACAGCCAUGUUCUUUUAGAAGACUAUGCGUCAGAUUGCGGCCAAAUUUAUAACUGUUUUCUUGUUCACGCAACGGGAGAGUAACACCGGCAGCAACGGUGCUUUUGCCUAUCAAAAAUAAUCGCAGAGAUCAUUCUAACUGCUGCUAUUUUUACAGUGUCACAGACCGGAAAAAUUUACCAAAGUAAUCGCAGCGUCAGCUUAAUUAAUUUUCCACCAAUUUGUGUUUAUUUUGAUUUUCAGUUUUUGAUCCCUUGACGCAAACGUAGCGUCCUCUAAAAGCACAGGGCUAACCUUUAAUCUCAUGAUUACUGUAACAAUCAAGAAUAAUCUUAGUUGGCCCUUCCCAUUCGUAAAUGAAUGCUGAGAACAACAAAUCCAAACCGACAUGUUGUAUACUUGUAUUCAAAGUGAUUGGAACUCAAUUACUACCUAACGCUUUAAAAGAUCUUUUGCAAGAAAUUGAAUAGCAAAUCAUAUUUAUGUUCCAACAUGCAAAAGAUAAAGCAUUUCUCCUUGUUAUUGAACCUGUAACUUAGUGGUGGGUCUCCACGAAGACCCGUUAUAUAUAGGCCAAUGGCCAUAAAGACUAACCAAUUGCUAUUGGUUGAAUGAUGAAUCCCAUUGGUUUAACUUAUGUUCCAGGAAAAAAGAUGUUCAAGAAGUUAGAAAUUAUUUUCCUAUAUGAACUUCAGUACAUAAAAUUCGCAACAACAAUAAUUGUAUAGACUUUUUGUGGGAAUAUAGGUUCCUUUUCCGCAUAAAAUGAAACCAAUGAAGCUAUUUAAUUAUUUUUAAAAAAAUUCAAAAAGCUUUUUAGCAAUGCAAAUAUAUUAUGGAGAUGAAUAUUGAAUUAUUUCAGAAGAGCAUUAUGAGGAGCAUAAAGCAUGAAUUAUGUGAUUUAUAGAACGAAAGUACAAUCUAUACUAAAAUACGGUGAAAUUACCAUCGCAUACUUUAUCAAAAGUGGUAUUAGGCAAUACAACAAAUCAUAGGUACCGAAUUCAGAUUCCUCCAACCUAUACAAUGUUUGAGACGAAUAUAUUAAACCCUGGUCUGCAGGAAACUAUGGAGCUCCGUUACAAAGGAAAGAAAAAGAACAAAUAAGAAAAUAGUUGACAGGGUCCAGUGAUGGCUGUUAGUAACACCUUCAUGGAUGUAACGUCUGUACUCUGACCCGAUAUGGGCCCAUUCUUCCUGUCCUUUUCACACAGUCAGCUGCUUUACCUUUGUUCUCACGUGAUAAUUACAAUGUUACCCCUGCUUGAUCAUCGUUUCUGGCUCCACAUGUUGGCCUUUGAAUGCGAUCAAGAAGGCCCAUUAAAAUUUCCGGUUGGUUUUCCUAAAACCACCCUUUGAUAGUGCUGCAACGCGUUGGUUGAACACGUGAUUUAUGACGGAGAUGAGGGUGACUGUCGUCAUUUCAGGGAAGGAAUGAUUGUCCCAGGAAGACUUACCGUUAAGUUUUUCAUUAGAUGAAAGAUACAUGUGACUGAAUAUUCAGUUAAGUUCGUUUUGGUUUUGGAAAUCAAAUGGUUUUGGACAAUGAAUUGAAAGCAAACAUAGGUGAAAAUAUAAAUUUAAUUAUAGGAUGAGUUUCUUUGGGUAGUCUUACAAUUUCGUUUACAAAAUCAAUAAUUUUGUACAGUACAAAUUUGUUUUAAGUUACAAUAAAAACAGAAAACGAUUUCUGGUUACUUAUCAAUUUUGUGUUUAUUUACGUAUAUAUUUGUGUGUGGUCAUCCUACUAUGGUUAGGUAGUGUUUCAGUAUUUUCUGGAUCUUAGAAUGAAGAAAAAUAUCCUUAAGAAACCCACCAUUUUGAUAAUGCUUUUGAUAUUUUGCCAAAAAAAGGUUUUGCAGAAAUUGGGUCAUACAUAUGAUCCGUUCAUUUCAAACAAAAUAAGUAAUAUAAAUUUUGUCAAAACAGAUUAUUCACCUUUGUAAGUUGGAACACGAAAAUCUUGAUUUGAAUUUUUCUUUUACAGGAAAACUGAGACCAUAGAUUCUAAAACCUAUAGUAAAACUACUAGUAGUAUACUAGUUUUUUUUUGUCUAUUUGCUUCAACAUAUUACUACAUUUACUACUGAAAAUUGGAUCCUAAUUAAAUGUUGACAAAGACCGGAUCAAACGAGGUCGGCUGAAGACUUGGUUAUAGAAAAUUUUAAAAUAAAUGUUCUAACCAUAGAGAAACCAAAAAUGACAAAUUUAAAAUCAAAAGAUUUACCUAACACGUGUUGACUUGGUAUGUGAAUUCUGAAGUAGGGAUCUAACUUAAAAUUAAACUGAACUUGAAUUGUAAUAAAAAGUAGGAACCCGAUGCGGAUUGGAGAUCUAGUUGGGUGCAAUUUGAUUAAAACAAAGUUAAUAAUAACAUUUGUAAGGAAAAUAUAUAGAUACGGUCCGAGCUAGAAAAGAACCAAACAACAAGCCAAGUAAGAAAACAUUCUUUAAAUCCUCUGUAAUGAAAAACACAGAGAGAGAGGAAGGUGGAUCCUUUAAAGAGAGACUCGUGGAGGCUGUACUGGAACGAAGCUGACACAAAAUGGCCCCAACAUCUUCUUCUGCUUCUCCGCCUUAUAACGUCGAUAUAUUCAUCACGAUCUCCGCUUCUUAACCCUUUAAGUAAAAGGAUUCGCAUUCCUGCAGGCUGCAUGUUAUCGGUUUAUCAUCAGUUGUAGUCUGGUUUUGUUGUGGAAACAUGGCGGAGACGACGAAGGUGAUGUACAUAGUGGUGGUCGACGACAAUGAUGUUGAUACGACGACGGCGAUUGUGGAAGAAGACGGAACCGGGAAUUGGAAAGAUUCGUUCCGGUAUACGCGUCCGGUUUUGCAGAGUACUCUUCAGCUAAUGGGUUGCAAAGCCCGUCACGCCUUCAAGAUUAGCCGGAGGGUUUUUGAGUUAAUAAGAAGUGAAGGCACCCUAAUACUUUCUCCCACGCACGGGAAAGAAUCUGUAUUUGACAAGACGUGUGAUGCUGCUUCAGCUUGUGCUGGUGUAGAAAAGGUUAGCUUUUCGUCUACUACCGAUGAUGUUGACAAGAGUAAAAGUAAGCCCUUUGAGAUGCAUAAAAGGCGCACAACCGUUGUUGUUCCACGAGAAAUAUUCGUUAACGUUGUCUGUCACGCUCUCGCUGAAUAUAAGUACGUCGGCCAUGACCAAAGAGCAGACUUGAUCCUGGCCUGCAAGAUUCGAGAAAGAAAAGAAUCUGUGACUGUUCUACUAUGCGGCACUAGUGGCUGUGGCAAAUCUACACUCUCCGCACUUCUGGGCAGCAGGCUGGGGAUUACAACAGUAGUCUCGACCGACUCAAUCCGUCACAUGAUGAGGAGUUUCGUUGAUGAGAAGCAAGAUCCUUUGCUGUGGGCUUCAACUUACCACGCGGGAGAGUGCCUUGACCCUGUGGCAGUCGCAGAAUCAAAAGCCAAAAGAAGAAGAGCCAAAAAAAAUUAUGGAAAAUCAACAGUUGAGGAUGACAAACCAACCACCACUACCACUGUUGCAGCUUUGUUAAGUCACAAGCAGAUGGCUGUAGAAGGAUUCAAAGCUCAAAGUGAGAUGGUGAUUGAGAAUCUCGAUAGGCUCAUUACAGCUUGGGAAGAAAGGAAAGAGUCUGUGGUUGUUGAAGGUGUCCAUCUAAGCCUUAACUUUGUGAUGGGACUGAUGAAGAAGCAUCCGUCGAUUGUUCCUUUCAUGGUUUACAUCUCGAACGAGGAGAAACACUUGGAACGGUUUGCAGUCAGAGCCAAGUACAUGACCCUAGACCCAGAGAAAAACAAGUACGUCAAAUACAUACGCAACAUCAGAACAAUACAGGACUACCUCUGUAAACGAGCUGACAAACAUCUCGUCCCCAAGAUAAACAACACCAACGUCGACAAAAGUGUGGCUGCCAUCCACGCCACGGUCUUCUCCUGCUUACGUAGGCGUGAAGCAGGAGAGCAGCUCUAUGAUGCCACCACGAAUACCGUCUCUGUGAUCGACGACGAGUACAGGAACCAGUGUACAGCUAACUCGUUGAGUUCCAAAGGAAUGUUUCAGCUGAUUCAAAGACAAGGCUCUUCUAGGCAUCUAAUGGCUCUUCUCAACACCGAUGGAACUUUCUCAAGGACUUGGCCUCUUGGUGGUAAGGUUGAUGAGACGAUGGAGGGGAAUGGAAUGGUGCAUCCGGUUUAUGGAUACUUGCAGAAAGCUGAACCGGUGAAUCUUCAGUUUGGUUUGUUUGGGAUUAGUGCUUGGCCUAGUGAUGGAGCCACGAGCCGUGCUGGGAGUGUAGAUUAUGAUUCUAGAGCUGACUUGGGGGAAAAUGGAAGUAGGCAUUACUCUUCUUGCUGCAGUUCUCCUAGGAUGUCUGAAGGAACUUCCAAAGAGCUUAAGGAGGAGCAGUCCGUGCAUGGUAGCGAUGAAGAAGGUGAGGACGAUCCUCCUGAUGAGCAUGAUACAGAUUUUAGCGAUGACGACGAUGAUAACAAGCAAGACCAUGAAGAGGUGGGAUCAGUUGAUGAGGAAUCUACAAAGUCAGAUGAGGAGUACGAUGAUCUUGCUAUGGAAGACAAAAGUUACUGGACGGAUAACGAGGAAGAGUCACGAGAUACGGUGGCGGUAAUGUCUGAGAAAAAACACAAGCUGAUGACGAAAGAUGACAAAUAUGUACAGAACUUAGACCUUUUUCUUCGUACAGCUGCGAACAAGCAGCUGGUGGAGCCGCUUGAGCUAUGUGCAUCGCUGUUCACGUGUGAGAAUGGGAACACAAGACGCUUGUCGGGUAAAGAGAAGAUGAAGAAGCGUUCUCUUAGCAUCUCGGCUCUUGGAAAACGCGGGUCGGGUUUGGGAGAUACGAUUGUUUUGGGUGCCCCAUGAUCCUUUGCAAGUAAAUUCCUGAGUUCUGUGUAGUCUGUAGUUUAAGUUUUGUGUGUGUGUGUAUAGUUUUAACGUGUCUCAAACUUUGGGUUGUCUAAAUACGCUUUUUCUUAUUCUUGUC